GAAAAAGGUAAAAUAGAAAGAAAAAGAUCAGCAGAAAUCAAAUCAAGAACCAUUUUUUUUUCCCCAUCAAAAGCAAGGCAAAAGAAAACAAAGUCUCUGAUUCCUUUCUCAGACCCUCAACUUCCUUCCUUCUCAUCUCUGUACACGUUCUUUAUGCUUUCAAGAUAAUAUUAUCAGCCUCCGAAGCAGCCCUGCAAAAUCAGCUAGCACCUGAUAUACAGAGGCAUGACUAAUGUGGUAUAAAUGGAAGAAGUCCAGCUGCAAGUUCUACAAAUUUACCAUAUCUUUGUAGGGGAUUAACAGAAAAGCCAUCAAUGGUGAACCAAAAAAUUUCUCAUCGUCCAACCAUAUGCUACAGACCUAUACAACCUUCUGAUUUGGAGGUAUUAGAGCGAUUACAUGCUGAUAUAUUCCCUAUCAGGUACGAGGAAGAGUUUUUCCAAAGUGUUGUUCAUGCACGUGAUAUUGUUUCCUGGGCUGCAGUCGACCGCAGUCGACCUAAUGGUCACAGUGAUGAACUUAUUGGAUUUGUUACUGCACGGAUUGUACUGGCAAAAGAAACUGAGAUAGGAGAUUUGCUCAUAUACGACCCCUUGAAACCAGAUCAAACACUAGUUUACAUCAUGACACUUGGAGUAGUAGAAACUUACAGAAAUCUUGGAAUAGCAAGGUCUCUUAUUCGUCAGGUCAUUAAAUAUGCUUCAAGUUUUCCGACAUGUCAUGCAGUUUACCUGCAUGUGAUCUCUUACAACAUUCCUGCUAUUCAUUUGUACAAAAAAAUGUCAUUCAAGUGUAUACGAAGGUUGCAAGGCUUUUAUCUAAUCAACGGCCAGCAUUAUGAUUCAUUCUUGUUUGUUUACUAUGUAAAUGGUGGUUGUUCUCCUUGCUCACCAUUAGAGCUUCUUGUAGCUGCAGUGAGUUACAUGACAAGCAGUCUCAAGACCGUAGCUGCGAGGCUAAGGAAAAAUGAAGAGGAGUCACCAAAAUUGCCCAAAUGUAAAGAAACCAAUUUUCUUAUAUCAAUGCAAGCCAAGAGAAACCUCACAACUGAAUGCACUGGUUAUGAAUGUGUGUAAUCUGUGUUCACUUUGUUGCAUGAUAAACUGGGAUUGAAAGAAAACGAGGAAAUAAAUUGAUUUACAUGCAA